GGUGAGCGCUCCCGCAGACAGGGGGCGUCAAUAUGGCGUCCUGAGAAAGACAACACAGCCCGACACCGCACCGAUCUUCGGCUGACAUCGGGAGGAGAGAGGGACCGUUUCGCCAAACGCAAGACGUGAUUUCGUCCUGUGCAUCCCUCUGAACGGCCGCGAGCAUCGGGUUUGGAUGUGCAGAUCUCGGCGGAGGAGGACACCUGAUCUAGAAUUUUCCGUUUUCAUCUGUGUUUGAUGCUGCUGCUCAGUGCUCGGUGAUACAAAAGCAGGUGAGACCGAGGCGACCGCUCCUUUUUGGGAUUCGGGUCGGAAAUGUCGAGCGAGAAACCGGUUUUGGCACCGGGUUCCGCCUCGCUCACGGACCGAGAAGCCCCCACACCAGCAGCAGCACCGCCGGGUUCGGGGCAGCAAGUCGUAACGGGCUCCGUUACCGGGGACAUGAUGGUGUCUGGAUCGGGCGCCGUGGUUCUACCGGCCGGAGUGAUAAACCCCUCGGUUCCGAUCCGGAAUAUCAAGAUGAAAUUCGCCGUGCUCAUCGGUUUGAUCCAAGUCGGGGAGGUUAGCAACAGAGAUAUCGUGGAGACAGUUUUAAAACUGCUGGUGGGUGGAGAGUUCGACCUGGAGAUGAAUUUUAUCAUCCAGGACGCGGAAAGCAUCGCCUGCAUGGCGGAGCUGCUGGAGCACUGUGACGUCACCUGCCAGGCGGAGAUCUGGAGCAUGUUCACAGCUAUCCUGCGGAAGAGCGUUCGCAACCUACAGACCAGCACCGAGGUGGGGCUCAUCCAGCAGGUGCUGCAGAAGAUGAGCUCCGUCGACGACAUGAUUGCAGAUCUCUUAGUGGACAUGCUGGGGGUCUUGGCCAGCUAUAGUAUCACAGUCAAGGAACUGAAGCUGUUGUUCAGCAUGCUGAGGGGCGACGGAGGCGUGUGGCCAAGACACGCCAUUAAGCUCCUAUCUGUGCUGAAUCAGAUGCCUCAGCGGCACGGCCCUGACACCUUCUUCAACUUCCCAGGACGCAGUGCGGCGGCCAUUGCUUUGCCACCCAUUGCUAAGUGGCCUUACCAGAAUGGAUUCACUCUCAACACUUGGUUCCGAAUGGACCCACUCAAUAAUAUCAAUGUAGACAAGGAUAAACCAUACUUAUACUGUUUUCGAACCAGCAAAGGGAUUGGCUACUCGGCACACUUUGUGGGGAACUGUUUAAUUGUGACAUCAUUGAAGUCAAAGGGGAAAGGCUUUCAACACUGUGUGAAGUACGACUUCCAGCCUAGGAAGUGGUACAUGAUCAGCAUAGUCCACAUCUACAACCGUUGGAGGAAUAGCGAGAUCCGUUGCUAUGUCAACGGUCAGCUGGUUUCCUACGGCGACAUGGCAUGGCACGUCAACACCAAUGAUAGUUAUGAUAAAUGUUUCCUGGGCUCUUCAGAGACUGCGGAUGCUAACCGGGUGUUCUGUGGGCAGCUCGGAGCCAUUUACGUCUUCAGUGAGGCGCUAAACCCUGCACAGAUCUUUGCCAUUCAUCAGCUCGGACCCGGGUAUAAGAGCACGUUUAAGUUCAAGUCGGAAAGCGACAUCCACCUGGCGGAGCACCAUAAGCAGGUUCUGUAUGAUGGGAAGUUGGCCAGCAGCAUAGGCUUCACCUACAACGCUAAAGCCACCGACGCACAGCUGUGCCUGGAGUCCUCGCCCAGGGAAAACCCCUCCAUAUUUGUGCACUCGCCACAUGCCCUGAUGCUGCAGGAUGUGAAGGCCAUCGUCACUCACUCCAUCCACAGCGCCAUCCACUCUAUUGGAGGAAUCCAAGUUCUCUUCCCGCUCUUCUCACAGCUGGACUACAGGCAACCUAACGACAGCCCUGUGGAGACGACCGUCUGUGCCACUCUCCUAGCUUUUCUAGUGGAGUUGUUGAAGAGUUCAGUAGCCAUGCAAGAGCAGAUGUUGGGCGGAAAAGGCUUCCUGGUUAUUGGCUAUUUACUGGAGAAGUCUUCUCGGGUGCACAUCACCAGGGCAGUUUUGGAGCAGUUUCUGUCAUUUGCCAAGUAUCUAGAUGGGUUGACUCAUGGAGCUCCUUUACUGAAGCAGCUGUGUGAUCAUGUUUUGUUUAAUGCUGCCAUCUGGAUCCAUACACCAGCUAAGGUUCAGCUUUCCCUCUACACAUACCUGUCGGCAGAAUUCAUUGGCACCGCCACCAUCUACAGCACCAUCCGUCGAGUGGGCACCGUCCUGCAGCUCAUGCACACCCUCAAGUACUACUACUGGGCCAGCAACCCCCUGGAAAGUAGCGGUAUCACCCCUAAAGGCCUGGAUGGUCCACGGCCCUCUCAGAAGGAGAUUAUAUCCCUGCGGGCGUUCAUGCUUCUUUUCCUCAAACAGCUCAUUCUCAAGGACCGAGGAGUGAAGGAAGAUGAGUUGCAGAGCAUAUUAAACUACCUGCUAACCAUGCAUGAGGAUGAAAACAUCCAUGAUGUGCUCCAGCUCUUGGUCGCGCUCAUGUCUGAGCACCCCGCCUCCAUGAUCCCUGCCUUCGACCAGAGGAAUGGAAUACGAGUCAUCUACAAGCUCCUGGCUUCCAAAAGCGAGAGUAUACGAGUCCAAGCUCUUAAAGUUCUCGGCUACUUCCUGAAACAUCUGGGACACAAGAGGAAGGUGGAGAUCAUGCACACACACAGCCUCUUCACGUUGCUCGGAGAGCGACUAAUGAUGCACACCAGCACUGUGACCAUCACCACCUACAACACACUCUAUGAGAUCUUAACAGAACAGGUUUGCACUCAGGUGGUGCACAAGCCUCACCCAGAACCCGAUUCUACAGUCAAGAUCCAAAACCCAAUGAUUCUGAAGGUUGUGGCUACGCUGCUUAAAAGUUCCUCCCCCAGCGCUGAGCUGAUGGAAGUACGACGCCUCUUCCUGUCCGACAUGAUCAAACUCUUCAGCAACAGCAGAGAGAACAGACGGUGUCUGCUGCAGUGUUCAGUGUGGCAGGACUGGAUGUUCUCUCUGGGCUACAUUAACCCAAAGAACCCAGAGGAGCAGAAGAUCACUGAAAUGGUCUACAACAUAUUCCGUAUCCUGCUUUACCAUGCCAUCAAGUAUGAGUGGGGAGGCUGGCGCGUGUGGGUGGACACACUCUCCAUCGCCCACUCCAAGGUGACCUACGAGGCGCACAAAGAGUACUUGGCAAAGAUGUACGAGGAGUACCAACGACAAGAGGAAGAGAACAUCAAGAAAGGAAAGAAAGGUUCCGUCAGCACAAUUUCCGGCCUUUCCGCCCAACCCACCACUGUCAACGGAAACCUGGAGAUCCGCGAGAUCGAUGACACAUCUCAGACGCAGACACCAGAGAGUGAGGCAGACUAUGGAGAAAAUGCAGACUCUCGGAACCUGCUGGCCGAGACCAAAGGUCCGGAGGGCGAAGCCGAACGGUCGGUGGCGGGGGUUCGUGUGGAAGUUCAUGACUUGCUGGUAGACAUCAAAGCUGAGAAGGUGGAGGCUACAGAGGUUAAAUUAGACGAUCUGGAUCUGUCCCCGGAGGUUCUUGGAGGAGGAGGUGGCAUGGAGAAUGGUCCCUUGGUGGAAGUAGACUCGCUGUUGGACAGCGCCUACUGUGCAGCAGUUCACAAGCUCAAUGGGAGCCUUGUCCCCAAAGAGGAGGAAAGCGUUGUGGUGGGUUUAACUGAAGACGAUGGGAACAUGGGUCCUCUAAUCACACUCGCAGAUGAAAAGGACAGCGUUCCCAGCAACAAUGGCUUCCUGUUCCCCAAGGUGGAUGAGAAGCUGCUUCCCUCAUUGGCGUCGACGGAGCCCCUGGUGCUGCCCAGCCCUGAACAGCCUCCUUGUCCAACAACUCCACACACUUCAAGCGCCAGUGACGACCUCAGCCUGCUAGCCCACAUGACUUCUUGUGGUUCAGAUCUGAUUCAAACCCCAAGUGGCCUAACAGAAGAUGAUGGGUUUAAGUUGCAGAGCUCCUUGGCGGACAUCAGCACACUGGCAGAAGCCGAGGCGCAGGCUGCAGCCAGGACAGCAGAGUGUUUGGAGCAAGAGGUUGGGGAGGCCAGGGCAGGAAAGAGCGGCGGUGAUGCAGCCAGCACCACUUCAGACACAGAGAGAUCCGACGAUGGAAAAGACAAAGAAAUGAAGAAGAUUCAGACUACAGCCACCACGCAGGCUCUUCAUGGUCGUAUGUCGGGUCAGAUGGAGAGGGACCUCCGUGUGGAUCUGGGCUUCCGGGGCAUGCCGAUGACAGAAGAACAGCGGCGGCAGUUUAGCCCUGGCCCUCGCACUACCAUGUUCCGUAUCCCAGAAUUCAAAUGGUCACCCAUGCAUCAGCGCCUUCUCACUGACCUGUUGUUCGCUCUGGAAAGUGACGUACACAUGUGGAGGAGCCACUCUACGAAAUCGGUCAUGGACUUUGUAAACAGUAACGAGAACAUUAUAUUUGUCCACAACACCAUCCACCUCAUUUCUCAGAUGGUUGAUAACAUCAUUAUAGCAUGUGGCGGGAUCCUUCCCCUGCUCUCUGCUGCCACCUCCCCAUCUAGUUCUAAGAUGGAGCUUGAGAAUGUGGAGGCGACCCAGGGCAUGUCGUCAGAAACGGCUGUCACGUUUCUGAGCCGGCUGAUGGCCAUGGUGGAUGUGCUCGUGUUUGCCAGUUCUCUCAAUUUCAGCGAGAUUGAGGCUGAAAAGAACAUGUCGUCAGGGGGACUAAUGCGCCAGUGUCUACGAUUAGUAUGUUGUGUAGCAGUGAGGAACUGUCUGGAAUGCAGGCAGAGGCAGAGAGACAGAGGCAGCAAAAGCUCGCUGCCAAUCAGCAAGACCCAGGAGAACCUACAGACUGCAGCAUCCGCCAGCAAGACCGUCAUACAGAAUGUCCCGCGUAACCUUUCUCCCAUCAAAGACCCAGACAGACUGCUGCAGGACGUGGACAUCAAUCGUCUCCGAGCUGUCGUUUUUAGAGACGUGGAUGACAGUAAACAGGCUCAGUUCCUGGCUCUGGCUGUGGUCUACUUCAUCUCUGUCCUUAUGGUGUCCAAAUACCGGGACAUCCUGGAGCCACAACGGGAGAUCGGCAGGUCCAGCAGCCUAUCAGGGAGAAGCAUCCGACAAGAGAUUAAUUCACCCACCAGCACAGAAAACCCAUCCUCCUUCUCAGAUGGUGUAUGUGGAGACCGCCAAGCCGCCACCCCUCUGGACGAUCUUCCCCUGGAGGGAUCACUGCCUCACACUGACUCUGGCAUCGGGGAGGAGCAGGUCACCAGUGCUCUCAAUGGCUCCGAGCUGGGCGCAGACUCCAGCGGAUUGGGUGGGAGCUCUGGAGGCCCGGAUGCCAUGAGCGAGUUGCUGUGCACACUGUCGUCGGAGGUGAGGAAGUCCCGUGAGUCCCUGUUGGAGUCGCCACCUGGCAUGGAGGUUCUGAAACCAGCUGCGUCGAUCUCCAGCAUCAGCCAGGCCAACAAGGGAAUCAAUGUGAAGGAGAUCCUGAAGAGUUUAGUGGCAGCACCGGUGGAGGGGGCGGAGGCGGGGCCUGAGCCCCAGCCGUACCACCCUGACCCUGCCCUGAAGAGGGAAGCUGCUGCCGUGCUGCCCAUGCAGUUCCACUCGUUUGACAGGAGCGUGGUGGUGCCUGUUAAGAAGCCCCCUCCAGGGAGCCUGGCUGUGAACACAGUAGGAACACCCACCACCAGUGGAGUGCCCUCGUCAGGAAGUACGCCCAAUAUCUUUGCUGCUGCCACAGCAACACCUAAAAGCAUGAUCAACACAACAGGUGCCACUGACUCCGCCUCUUCCUCAUCCUCCUCUUCAUCAAGUUUCGUCAACGGUGCCACAAGUAAAAACCUCCCAGCGGUGCAAACCGUUGCACCCAUGCCUGAAGACACAGUGGAAAACAUGAGUAUCACGACUAAAUUGGAGCGCGCCUUAGAGAAAGUGGCCCCCUUGCUGAGGGAGAUCUUUGUGGAUUUCGCCCCCUUCCUUUCGCGGACUCUGUUGGGCAGUCAUGGGCAGGAGUUGCUCAUAGAAGGCUUAGUUUGUAUGAAGUCCAGCACAUCGGUUGUGGAGCUUGUGAUGCUCUUGUGCUCGCAGGAGUGGCAGAACUCCAUACAAAAGAACGCAGGACUUGCAUUCAUCGAACUUAUUAAUGAGGGGAGGCUUCUGUGUCACGCCAUGAAGGACCACAUUGUCCGUGUCGCCAAUGAGGCUGAGUUCAUCCUCAACAGGCAGAGAGCAGAAGAUGUGCACAAACAUGCUGAGUUUGAGUCCAACUGUGCCCAGUACGCUGCAGACAGGAGAGAAGAGGAAAAGAUGUGUGAUCACCUCAUCAGUGCCGCCAAGCACAGAGAUCACGUGACCGCAAACCAGCUGAAACAGAAGAUCCUCAACAUUUUAACCAAUAAGCAUGGAGCAUGGGGAACCAUGUCACAGAGUCAGCUACAUGAUUUCUGGCGUUUGGACUACUGGGAGGAUGAUUUGCGCAGGAGGCGGAGAUUUGUACGCAAUGCCUUUGGCUCCACCCACUCGGACGUGGCUCUCAAAUCUCUAGAGGAAUACGGUCAGCCACAACACAUCCAUACACCUCAGUCUAAUUUACAGUGCCCAAAUAUUAAUGAUUGUAACCCUGAGACAGAGCUGAUGCUGGAAGGAGAUGAUGAUGCCGUCAGUCUGCUGCAGGAGAAAGAGAUCGACAACCUUGCAGGUCCGGUGGUUUUGAGCACACCCGCCCAGCUCGUUGCUCCUGUGAUCGUUGCUAGAGGCACGUUGUCGAUCACCACAACAGAGAUCUAUUUCGAGGUGGAUGAGGAUGAUCCAACAUUCAAAAAGAUUGAUUCAAAGGUGUUGGCAUAUACUGAGGGUCUGCAUGGGAAAUGGAUGUUCAGUGAGAUCAGAGCAGUUUUUUCCAGACGCUACCUGCUCCAAAACACUGGAUUAGAGGUCUUCAUGGCCAACAGGACAUCUGUCAUGUUCAAUUUCCUGGAUCAGGGCACAGUAAAGAAGGUAGUGUACAGUUUACCUCGGGUCGGCGUUGGCACCAGCUAUGGCCUCCCUCAGGCAAGACGGAUCUCUCUGGCAACACCAAGGCAGCUCUUUAAGUCGUCUAAUAUGACUCAGAGAUGGCAGCGGAGGGAGAUUUCAAAUUUUGAGUACCUCAUGUUCCUCAACACGAUUGCAGGGAGGACCUAUAAUGAUCUGAACCAGUAUCCUGUCUUCCCUUGGGUCCUGACUAACUAUGAGUCAGAGGACCUGGAUCUUACCUUGCCUGGGAAUUUCCGGGAUCUCUCAAAGCCAAUCGGAGCCCUGAAUCCAAAGCGAGCCGUGUUCUAUGCCGAACACUAUGAGACGUGGGAAGAUGAUGGAACUCCGCCCCAUCAUUACGCAUCUCUGUACUCAACUGCGGCAUCCACUCUCUUCUGGCUAGUCAGGAUAGAACCCUUCACCACAUUUUUCUUGAAUUGUAAUAACAAGUUCGACCAUCCCGAUCGGACGUUUUCUGGCAUUGCACGCUCUUGGCGAAGUUGCCAGAGGGAUACAUCAGAUGUUAGGGAGUUGAUCCCGGAGUUCUACUACCUCCCUGAGAUGUUUGUGAACAGCAGUGGAUAUGACCUGGGGGUGAGAGAGGACAGGACAGCCGUGUGUGAUGUGGAACUACCAGUCUGGGCCAAAAAACCAGAGGACUUUGUUCGCAUCAACAGGAUGGCGCUGGAGAGUGAAUUUGUGUCCUGUCAGUUGCACCAGUGGAUCGAUCUCAUCUUCGGCUACAAGCAGAGAGGACCGGAGGCCAUUAGGGCUCUCAAUGUUUUCCAUUACCUGUCUUACGAGGGAUCUGUGAACUUGGACACCAUCACCGACCCCCAGCUCAGAGAGUCUAUGGAGGCUCAAAUUCAGUCAUUUGGACAGGCUCCAUCACAGCUGCUAAUAGAGCCUCACCCUCCACGCAGCUCCGCCAUGCACCUGGUGAGUCUUUAUUAUCAAGACACCUCUAUUUAUUCCAAUAACUCUGGCAUUAGUAAAAGGCAGAUCACAGAUUUGGUGGAUCAAAGCAUUCAGAUCAACACGCACUGCUUUGUGGUGACAGCCGACAACCGCUACAUCCUGGCAUGUGGUUUCUGGGACAAGAGUUUCCGUGUUUACUCCACUGAGACAGGGAAACUCACUCAGAUCGUGUUUGGUCACUGGGAUGUGGUGACCUGUCUUGCGCGAUCUGAGUCCUACAUUGGAGGUGAUUGCUACAUUGUCUCUGGCUCACGAGAUGCAACCCUUCUGCUGUGGUACUGGAGCGGACGACACCACAUCAUCGGAGACAAUCCCAACAACAGUGAUUAUCCAGCACCUAGAGCGGUUCUCACAGGCCAUGACCAUGAGGUGGUGUGUGUGUCAGUGUGUGCUGAACUGGGACUUGUCAUCAGUGGGGCCAAAGAGGGGCCAUGUUUGGUGCACACCAUCACAGGAGAUUUACUGCGGGCCCUAGAGGGCCCUGAGAACUGUGUCUGGCCCCGUCUGAUCUCUGUGUCCAGUGAGGGCCACUGUAUCAUCUACUAUGAGAGAGGACACUUCUGUAACUUCAGCAUUAAUGGCAAACUCCUGGCACAGAUGGAGAUCAAUGACUCCACACGUGCCAUUCUGUUGAGCAGCGACGGUCAGAACUUGGUAACAGGAGGUGAUAACGGUGUUGUUGAAGUCUGGCAGGCCUGUGAUUUUAAGCAGCUGUAUAUUUACCCAGGCUGUGACGCAGGCAUCAGGGCUAUGGACUUAUCCCAUGACCAGAGGACUUUGAUCACUGGGAUGGCGUCAGGCAGCAUCGUGGCGUUUAACAUUGAUUUCAAUCGAUGGCACUACGAACACCAGAACAGAUACUGAGACAGAACAAAGAGCGACAGAGACAGGAGGAGAGCGAGGGACCUUGUUUAGGGUCCGUAGUUGAAGCAGUGAGAGAAGUGGAGAUCAUUUCCUGCUUGACAGAUGAUGGUGUCCCUCUAAGUUCAGGGUGGAGUUAAACCCAGAUGAAAACACAAGACAUAUCACUAACGUUACUUAGACCUUUAAGGUUGUCCUUCACUCCCCACAUACUAUGAUGAGUUGCCUAAUGUCCUUUUGUCUGUGAAGAUCAUCGUACAAGAUCGAAGCCAGUAGGACAGCAGGACUGGAUGGACUGUACCGCAGUUCCCAGCAGAAGAGGCUUAGAGAUAAACCACCAACAAACCGAUUUUUUGAGGAAGGAGGGAGGGAGGGGGUCUGGGGUGGGAUUAAGAUGCAGCGGUGAACUUAGUCUUUGUAAAUACAAACUGCAAUGGCGCAGUUCUUCACUACAAGGGGAUAAAAAUCAUACUUCCCGCUCGCUCUCCAUUACGGAAGAGCCCAUAAUCCUUUAAUUUAUUAAUAACUUGCUGUAAGAUAUUGUGUAGUUCCAACAAAAUGAUGAUGAUUUGGAUGAUUAUAGAUGAAGGCCUGCCGAUUCACAGGGAGGAAGUGAACUGCUCAGACAGGAAACAAGCUUCUCUUUCCUUUUUGUAUAUUUGGUAAUUGUUUUGUCAUAUAUGUAAAUAUUGUGAUGGUUAGGAAAGCCAGGCAUGUAAGCGGACCAUAAAAAAAGAAUAAAGAGGAGAAAAAAAAUCAACAAA